UCCAAAAGAAUAAUCAUAAUAAAACAAAAAUUCAAAAAACAGCAUAGCGGUUGCCGGUUACCGUUUAAAACCCUAGCACAAGCGUUCAGUAAAAGCCGCAGGAGAAAAUGGGGAGCGGGAAAGCGGAGAAGAAACGGAAACGUCCCCAAAACCCUAAACGCAACGGGAAACCUCUCGGCUCUAAGUCCGACGUACCCAAAUCCAAGUCCAAGAAGAAGAAGACGAAGAAGGACAACAAUCACCAAAACGACGCCAACCAAAUCAAAACCAAAAACAAAACAACAACUGUUACCGGCGACAGCAACAACCCACUGCCAACACCGGCAUCACCGUCGCAGCAACUCAGUUAUUUUCUAAGUCAGUUUCAAUCCGCCAAUGGGGUCCAACUCUCUUCACUCGAAAUGGAAUCAAUUAAAGUUAGUUGUAUUUUAGAUGUUUCUGAAGAGUUGGGUCAAGAUGUAAUGAGGCUAGAGAGACAUAUAAAGGAAGCUUUUGGGGCAAAAUGGAAAGAAGAGCUUUGUGAAGGGAAGCUCAUUGAAGGGAAGAUUGAAGCAGGAAGUCCUGCUGUUCUUGUUCUUGCUACUUCGGCUUUACGAUCUAUUGAACUUUUAAGGUUUAUGUUUGAUAUAGCUGGUUAACAUUCAUGUGGAUUGAAGGGAGAGAAAAGAAAUUGAAUGGUUUCUUUUGUUGGAUAGCAAAAUGGGAGAAGUGAAAAGAACAGACUUUAACUAGAACUUUCAAUUUUUUUCCCUAUUUCUAGGAGUACAUGUUCAUGAGGUUAUUUAAAUUUUGAUUUAUCUUUAGAUUCUAGCCAGAAAGGAACUGAAAAUUUUGUUCU